AUGACGUUCUUGAAUGCAGUACUCCGAGAAGAUAACACAGUAGCUUUCGACGUGUUGGUAGGUUGGGUCUACACGAACAGAUUACCACCAGAUGGCAGCUUCUGGAAUCCGGUCGAGGUUUAUAUUCUAGCUGAUAAGAUUUGUCUUACUGAACUCAUGGAUGAAGUCAUGGAUGCAAUCCAGACCGAUUUUCCACUUAGCUCACCGGAUGCUUUAGUCAUUUACAGCAGACUACCGAAGGAUUCCAAGCUUCGUCUUUUUGCGCUCGAUAUAAUAACUUUCGAGUUUAACACUUUCAGACAGCUCAAUUUACCCAUACUCGCAGAUGUAAACGCAAAAAACGAGGAUUUUGCAUUAGACUUUCUGAUCAGAAUCCAAAGUUAUAUGAGCCGUCGAACGGUUAUUCCCAAUCCAAGGAAAAGCUAUCCCUGCACGUACCACUGUCAUGAAGAUGGAAAGUGUACGAGCACAAGAAACCCGAAAUUUUCAGAUGUGAAAUUUUUUUUGCAAGGCAAUGUUUAA